AAAAAACGAGGCAAAAUGAUUCCCAUACUUAUUCUGGGACUUUUUUUCCACCCAACGAUUGGCAGCGAUAUGGAUGACAUCAUAAGAAAAUUGGAUGGGAUCGCAAACAAGGAAGAUUUGUCUGCUCUUCUAUUGAGACGGAUGAACGCAGAACUGAUGUUGCUGAAUCGCGCGAGUGCUGAUCUUGAAUGGCUGGAGGCCACUUCACCAUCCCCGGAAGUGUCGCAGGAAACUACGAAGUUGUCUCACCUUAAGACCACUUGGAGGAAUUUCUGGUGCGCGAAGACACCUAGGAUCCACGUGGGACCUGCAGGAAGUAGGAUGCUUGAGUUGUUGUGCAGAGGACCUAAAUACACGCCACAUCAGGCAAAGGCACUCACGGCCAUCUUCAAAGAGCUGUCUACGAGCUACGUGACAGCUACGGUCUGCAGAAUCGAGGAGAACCAAGAGAAAUGUUAUAACGGCGAACCGGAACUGGAGAGACUCAUGUCGACUUCCAGAAAUGAGAGCGAAUUACGUUGGGCCUGGACUUCCUGGAGGAACGAGAUGAGCAAGGUGAAAGGUCUCUUCACGACUGCCGUUACUCUUCAAAAUCUGGGGGCCCGGAAUAAUGGAUAUCACGACCUGGGUGAGUGCUGGCGCGAGGAACUUGAGAGUCCUCACCUGGAAACACUGGUGGAUCAACUGUACCAAAGCGUGGAACCACUUUAUCGACUUCUUCAUGCUGUUGUCAGGUUUCGUCUGGCUGAAGUUUAUCCUGGUCUGAUUGAUCUAAGAGGACCUAUUCCCGCCCACUUAUUGGGCAACAUGUGGUCUCAGAAUUGGGAAUCCUUGGUGGAUCUUUUGAUGCCGAACGGAAACAUUUUCGGGAACGUGAACGAAGCAUUGAUACGAAAGAAUUACACGGUUCGCGAUAUGGUCGAAAGGGCUGAGGAUUUUUAUACGUCGCUUGGUCUGCCUCCGAUGUCCAGAGAGUUUUGGGAGAGAUCGAUUUUCGAAAAGGACAAUCGAACGAAAUUGAACUGUCACGCCACAGCUGCCAAUAUGUAUAAAAAUGAUGAUUUCAGGGUGCUCGCCUGUCUUCAAGUGUCUGCACAGGAUUUUUACGUUAUCCACCAUGAAAUGGGGCACAUCCAAUAUUACAUGGCUUACAAAAAUCAACCGGCGAUAUUUAUGGACGGAGCGAACUCAGCUUUUCACGAAGCCGUUGGGGACGCGAUAAUGUAUGGCGUCCUGACGCCUCAGCACAUGCAACGACUUGGUCUUGCCAACGAUUCCGCUUUAUCAAACGAUCUGCCACUGCUGCUCAAACAGGCACUGGGGAAACUGCCGCAAAUGCCGCACGCACUGAUAAUGGACAAAUGGAGAUGGGACGUUUUUUCUGGGAAAAUAAAGGAUUCCUUGUACAACAAAGCUUGGUGGGAAUUAAAUAAAAAAUAUUUGGGUAUCGAACCUCCAGUGGCAAGAAACGACGAUUCCUUUGACCCAGCCGCAAAGUUUCACAUAACAGACAAUACUCCGUAUAUACGGUAUUUCUUGGGCUACGUGCUGCAAGUCCAACUCUUCGAAGGAAUGUGCCAAGCGGCAGUUACGGGAAAGGUCGGAGAUCCACUGUUUAAAAUGCCUCUUCACAGAUGCGAUAUAUAUGGUUCAAAGGAUGCUGGAAGAAGACUCAAGUGAGUUAAGACUGUUUAAAAAUGUCAC